AUGAGUGUAUCGAACGUGUUUCAUGAGUAUCGAAAAUGGUUCGGUCUCGUGUGGCUAAUAAUUGAAUUGAAUUUACUCGGAGGAAAUAUUCUGGGCUUUUCGGCACUCUUUGAUAUAUUGCCAAAAUAUGGGAUCUAUUCAAAUUUGUGUGUUCGUACUACUUUUGCAAAUACUUCGAAUGCACGAAAUAAAACAAUCAGUGAGAAUUGUGACGAACAAACUGGAAAAUAUCAGCUUGCCCUUACCAUCGGUAUUUGGUUUUAUAAUUUGAUGCCAUUCUUUCUUGGUUAUGUGAUUAAUUAUUUUGGUUGUCGAUUUCUAAAACUUGUCUCCAUAGAUUAUCUUGUUUUUAUUCAUACUGUGUUUAUCUCAAUUUCAUCUGUUGUAAUUGUCAUAACUUCUUUUGUUUAUUGUGGUUAUUUCUCUUGUUAUCGUGGUCUUGUUUCUUCAAUUAUUGCUGGUGCAUCUAUUUCAUCAACAAUGUGGUUUUCAAUUUUUCAAGUAGUAAUCAAUGAUGGUCGAACCGAUCUACGAACACUUUCAAUUAUUUGGACAGUUUUUGUGAUAAUAAUGAUCGGUGCUGCUCUUCUCUUUAUGGAUUGGCGAUUUCGACUGUUGAACUUGCCUUAUGGAUUCGUCACAAAUUCUGAGCCGAACAAAGAAUCAAGAAAAUCUGUUGAGAUCGACGAUGCAGCACAUGUGAUUAAUAUGUCUUGGUAUCGACAUAUAGUGAAUCGUGUUGGUGUUUGGCAACAUCUAUUGAGUCCAAUAUAUAUUUUUGUGGUACUCUAUUUGAGUGUUCUCCUGUUGCCAACAGUAUUUUUACCAGUCACUUGGUUUCCAUGGGUGAUGUAUGUUACAAAUGAAAAUGAAGAUCUUUCGAACAGAUAUACAUUAAUAUUUAAUUUGUCUACUAUUGCUGCUCUAAUUAUUUGUCCAUGUAGUGGUGCUUUGCUCGAUUUUCGAGCUCAUAGAAGUAAUAAACAACGAUUGUUUAAUAUUGCACUAAUGCAAACAAUUACAUGGUGUACAUCCGUGGCGGUAUGCAUCGUUCGAAUGUUUAAUACAACAGGUUGUGUCAUAGCUGUAAUAAUCCUGAAUUGCACUGCACGAUCACUCAUUGUCGGUGGUAGCCAAGCUGUUAUUGCAUCUUUUUUUCCAUCUGAAUAUAUUGGUACUUUAACUGGUGUAUUGUGGACAUCAGCUGCUAUAUUUUCUUCCAUACAAUAUGGUCUCUUGCCACUUGUCGAAGCUGUUGAUAAAAGUUGGCGAGCUUGGGCUAUUAUUUUGGCUCUUAUCGUAGUCAUGGCGUCUCAUUGGAUACAAAUGUGGUAUCUAUUUUUCACAUCAAAAUCAACUGUUAUGUCUAAUCAAGUUUCGAUACCAUUCGAAAAAUCCGAAGUCAAUGGCCGCUCUGAAUACUAUGCCUAUGACAAUGAUGUAACGCAAGAGAAUCCGAAUAGAGAUUGA